AUGUCGCAACAUCUAGGAGCUUCUGGUCGGUGCAGCCAACUAAAAAAGCAAUCCACACCGAGAGCUAUCUCCCACUGCGUGCCUUAUCCACUUCGCCUCUUCUCCCUGCUCCAGCCACACACACACCCACGCGACCGUGCUCCAGUCCACGGCGCCGCGUUCCCCUUCUCUCUUCCCUCCUCUCUACAAUCCUCCAAGCUUUCGUCGGCCACUUGCGGGGCGGCUGCGUAUGGGCUCCGGGUGGCCGGGGCUGCGCGCGGGGGCAGGCUGGGGCUGUGGCGGAGGCGUGGCAGCGGUGGCCGGCGGCUGCUUGAAGGGGCCGCGUGGAUCUGCCGCCGGGGCUUCGGAUCGGCGUUGUCGUCUGAGCCCCGAGUUUUCGACGCCGAGAGCUUGGCGAUCCAGAGGGUGCUGGUCUCUGUCGGUGGACAUUCGAUGACAAAUGAAAAAAACAGAGGCAACCAAUUCAGCGAGGCCGCCCACCCAGCAAAACGCACCAAAGAACCAAUUCUUUCUUUACCAGAGAAGAAGAAGGCGAGGCCCAAUCUCAGCCGCCGUCCGUCCUUACCUGCCUACGUCCGGCGGGCCGAUGGGGGGCCCGACCUGAGGCGACAUGGCCCUCCCAAGAGAGAAGCAGGCGUCGGGGCUGUGCAGGCCGUCCAUGGCGAUGGAGACGCCCGGGCAGGAAGGGCUCAAUCCGGAUGAACCAGCCCGCACCGAGCCCGGCCGCCUCAAGAGGAGCUCGUCUCUCUGCCUGCCUGCGGCUCACCGGAGCCGCCAUCGCCGGCGACCGCCUCCCUCACCUUGUGCCCCUUCUCCUUCGCCUUUGUUCCUCUCUUCCCCGAGGAGCGGGGAGCCGGCGAAUCCGUCGGUCAGGAGCUGGGCGGCGCGCCGGCGCCCUCCAUCAUCGCGGCCGUUUGGGAAGGGACGCGGUCCUGGUCGAUGCGGUGUGUGGCGGGCGACGCAGGGCAGGAGGUGGCGGCGGGAUGAAGGUACAUGCGAUGGGGCACCGGCAAACAGAGGCGGACGAUGGAGGUGCUGCAGGAGCGGCGCUCGACUGCGAGGUGAGGAGGAGGAGCAGAGGAAGGGGAGGCUGGAGGUGAUCCUCGCUGACGAUGGUGGGACGCAGGCGUGAGCAGGAGGAUGAGAGGAAACGGGACAGCGGCCUGCUGGUGGCUGCCGGUGACGCCGGGUGGCGAGGGGUCGUCGAAGCGGCGUCGUGCACGCCGGCGCCAAGCGGCGGCGAGUGGCCGUCGGUGGAGUCUUGGAAUGGAUAAGGAAUAUAAGGGCUGACUGCAGACUGCGGGCUAAAUUUUAACUAACGCAGGGCUCUUUUGCAACAAUGAAACGUUUUUUAGGAACUCACUUGAUAAAGGACUGCGGGUUGAAUUCAACAAACAACAGGGGCUUUUUUGAAAACAUGACAAUGACGGACGACAAAAACCUAAUUAUCUUUAUUAUUUGGUAAAGAUAAAGAUGAUCGUUUAGUUCUGGUUGUAGCCGUUGAUAAUGCGUCUACGUAUUUUCUUUACUAUGGGUUAAUUGUUAUAACCCAUAGGUUACUAGGAUUUGUGCUUUAAAUGAUUUUCUUACCCUUUUGUGCAAAUGAGGCACAAGAUUGAUCACAUUUAUGCAGAGUAUCCCGGCCCCGAAUUUUACUGGCAAGCAACACCAAUUUGGAUUA